GGUGCAGUCCCCACUCUCCCGUGCUCUCCGGCCAUGAACAGCUCGGCCGGGGGCUGGCAGCCCGAGGCAGUGCUCAUCCCGCUCGCCUACCUCCUCAUCUUCCUCAUCGGCACCGUGGACAACUGCCUGGUCCUGGCCGUGCUGCUGUGCAGCGGGCAGGUGAAGAACACCACCAACAUCUUCAUCCUCAACCUGGGGGUGGCCGACCUCUGCUUCAUCCUCUUCUGCAUCCCCUUCCAAGCCACCAUCUACACCCUGGAAGGGUGGGUAUUUGGGCCCUUCAUGUGCAAGGCCGUCCACUUCUUCAUCUUCCUCACCAUGUACGCCAGCAGCUUCACCCUGGCCACCGUCUCCCUUGACAGGUACCUGGCCAUCUGCUACCCCCUGCACUCGCGGGGGCUGAGGACACCCCGGAAUGCCCUCACUGCCAUCUGCUUCAUCUGGGGGCUUUCCUUCAUCUUCUCGGGCCCUUACCUCAGCUACUAUGAGGAGUUCCAGCUGGCCAACCUGACCGUCUGCCACCCCAUCUGGGAGAGCUCCCAGCGCAAGGUCAUGGACAUCUGCACCUUCAUCUUCAGCUACAUCAUCCCGGUGCUGAUCCUGAGCCUCACCUACGUGCGGACUAUUCACUACCUGUGGAAGUCCGUGGACCCUCUCCAAGACAUGUCAGAGGCCAAGAAGGCCAAGCGGAAGGUCACCAGGAUGAUCAUCAUUGUGGCCAUCCUGUUCUGCCUCUGCUGGCUGCCCCAUCACCUGCUCAUCCUCUGUGUCUGGUUCGGGUACUUCCCCCUCAAUCACACCACGUACGUGCUCCGCAUCCUCUCGCAUCUCAUCUCUUAUGCCAACUCCUGCGUGAACCCCAUCGUCUAUGCCCUGGUCUCCAAGCGCUUCCGCAAGGGCUUCAAGAAGAUCCUCAUCUGCCUCCUGCACCAGGAGCCAGCCCACAAGGGGCACGUGGCCCAGGUGAUGAACACGGCCAGCACGCUGGAGGCAGAGCUCAGCGAGGUGACCCAUGGUGGCCGCUCCUCCCUGCGCUGCACGGGCCCACCAGCCUUGGGGGAAAGCGGAGCUGGGGAGAGAGCAGCAGGAAGCUGAUGGCUCCUGCAUCACCUUCAGCAUCACCUAGCAGAGCUCCUUCCCACACCAUGGCUUUGCAGCGUCCUGCAGCAUCGCAGGCCUGGGGAUGGGCUAUGGUUUGGGUUGAAAUGCAUCAAAACAUACCCUUUUUCAUUCAAAUGCACCCAGGUACCGUACCUGUUGAAGUGAUGGUGCUGACUGCAGACUCAGCCAAGCAAUCAAGCAGGGAGCCAAGGGCAGGAUUUGCUUCCACCAUGCACUUGCUGAGGGCAGAGAUCAAACUCUCAUGUCUCAUAUGUUCCUCUGCCAUAGCUGAACUUACAUCCAGUUGCAUCUACACCUGGAGCCUACUGAAAGCUCUGCUCCCUCCAACCAACACAACUUCCAGCUGGGUGCACUUUUAGGUACAUUUGGGAAGUCUUGGUUCAUUGGUAUCCCGGUUCAGCAGCUGAGUCCCAGGGAACCAUUGGCCACAGCCCCAUGGGCAAAAACCUGGCUCAGGUAGGAAAUCCAGGAGAGAAGCAUAGA